CGAAACAGACCACUGAUCGCUGUGCGAUACUCCAAACCUCAUCGAUGCGGCAUUCGACCGGCCGAACGCUUUUCAGGCUCGUUCGACUGGCUGCGAUUCAUCUUGGAAGUUUUUUGAGCUUGAACGUCCACCAGCCCUGUCUCCCUCGCUCUUCACCCUCGUCAGUGAUACAAGUAUGGUAGACAAGUCGAAGAAGAAGAAGCAGGCGAAUACCUCUGCUCCUGCCCCGAAGGAUCAGGGUGAGCCCGAUGAUGGCUUCAACGCCGGCAGCACUCGCUUCUGCGAGAGCUGCAAGCGCGACGUGCAAAUCGGCCUAGGCGGAGAGGCGAAUUGGCAGCAACACAUCAAGAGCGCAAAACAUCGCUCCAAAGCGCCCGUCCCAGCUGCUCGUGGAAUCAAGAAUUUUUUCACUCGAGCGAUAUCCUCCGUCAAGCCUACUGGAUCCUCAUCAUCUACGGCGACAGGUCUUGCGUCUCAGACGCACAAUGCCUCUUCAGACGUACAUCAGCCUUCCCAUUCUACCGUUCAGCCACUCGGCCCUGGCACCAACACUCAGUCGACCACAAUACCACAUUCUCAGACUCUUGUGCCCGUACCUUCUGCCGGCACAGAAUUGCGACCGAUCGACCUUGACGCCGAUGUUCUCGACAACACUGUCCGUCCCGCUGGUGCUAAUCAACCACUUUGGCUUGUUUUGGCCACGAAGAUACGUUUCGCGGAUACGCAGCUUCCGCCGGCGGUUCCUCUAGGCUUACUAUCGGACGCAUUCGCUGAGAUUACCGGUGAUCCGACGGAAGGUGUAGCAAAUGUAGAGGAGGCUUGGGAGGAAGAUUGGAGUCGUAGUCUUCAUCGCGUCUUGGGUUACAAUUCUUCGGUGGCGGAUUUGGUGAGAUUCGUAAGAAGGGGAAGGGCUGGUUUGGAGGGAUUCGGGGAUUGGGUGGAGGCGAUUGGACGGGCGGGAAUUGAUGUCGGGAUGUUGACGGAGCGCGUCGAAAAGCUUUUAGCAGCUGUUCGGAUUGUCUUAGAGCAGCACGGUCUUGAGCUUCGGUAUCCUGAUCCAGCAGGGCAUCAGGAGUCGACCGAUCUGGAUGAUAUGCCGCCGCCACUCGAACCCAUUACCAUCGUUCGCAAGCAUUCGACAUCAGCAUACGCAGCGCCCAUGGACCUCGACGAUAUCCCCCCACCACUCGAAUACGUUACGGACCUCGACGAUAUCCCACCGCCACUCGAACCCAUUCCCUCACAGGGUUCAAAGCCCGUUACGCCAGCACCCAUCUUAUUUACCUGCUUAGGAUAUCGCAUGACGUUCCCUGACGGUUCCUCUCCAUACCUUUCGUAUCCCUUCGCAAUCCACGACAUUCGAGCACUCCCAUGGAACGUUGCUAUCGUCAACCCCGGGCCUCAUAUGUAUCUUCGCUCUGUCGAUUGUGCUGGCCAGUCCACACGGCCCACUUGCGCUUCAUGCCGCAAGAUCGAGAACCAUUCCAUCGUCAUGGGUAUUCGGCAUCGGAACCUUGAUGGCGCUCACAAGAACACGCCGUGGGCCUAUCUCUCCAUUACUCAGCUGUUCGACUGGCUCAAGCAGAAGACUAGUCAGAUUGAUGCGCUUCACCUCGACGGUCUGAAUCGUGGUCGCCUCAUCGCCGUACGAGUUCGUCAUCUCGAUGGCUGGCGCCGUCUCGUCAUGUCCAUCAUCAAUAACGAGAUCCCUCGCAUCCGUAUUGCACUCGCUGUCCAGGAACGAAACGGUGCAGGUGUCUUCGGAUACUUACGAGCUAUCGACGCGGCAGCUAAGCAGGCAUACAAGCCGAAGAGUUAUCAAGAAGCCGACUUUCAACGCUCGUACCUAAUCUGGAAGCUCGGUGGCGUUUCCGCUGCAAAUAUUGCCCAUCGCACGCUCGGGACACCUUCCAUUGAUUCUACUCGGCGCAACAUGACCGUCAAUCACAUCCGAGCUUCUUCGGGCUUUCCUAGCGUGGAGGAUCUGCUAUCCAACCUUUGUGCCGCAUUCGAGGAUUGGGUUCCGAUGACCGCCGCUACCGGCCCACCAGGACAUAUCGUCGUCUACGGUGCAAGUGUAUCGUCCGAUGAGCUGAAGAUACAAGAGCGUCUGCGCUGGGAGGCCUUUCUCAACACGAUCCUUGGCCUGUGCCGCGAGCAUUCCUCUGGGCUUUGUCUCGACUUCCGCUCUCUUCGGCAGGCUGAUGUUGUAUUGGAGGCAUUGAAGGCUGUACCGCAAAGAGUUCAUUUCGCAUCUGAGGCAACGGUUAUGGCGCUGUCCAUUCUCACCAACCGCCCGCAAGACUACGUUGCUCGUCCUUUCUUGAUUUCCGGCACCUGUAAACGGGAGACAGUAACGCAACACCGCCGUCUGGUCCAGUCUGCUCUUACAGCAAUCGCCGCACCCACUUCGCCUAUCCCCCGCAAUGUUCGCAUCUACGUGAUCUCGACCGAUGGUGACAGUCGUCGUCGACAAGUGCUGAUAGACCAGACGAUGAACAAGGAGUUUCCAUUACAAUCAGCAGUCUUUCGUGCCUUCGAACUGUUCGAUCUCUUUUCGCGUGUCUGUGGUGAGGACGAGAUCACCAACGACGCAGAUUGGAAACAUGUGUUCAAGCGGCUUCGAAAUACCUUAUUGCGCCAAUCCGGCAUCACAAUCGACGACAUUUCCCUCUCGUCAGAUAUCAUCAAGGCGCAUCUCGUCGAGUCUCAAAGGAUGGCCGCUGAUGCCGCUCAACGAUUGCUUGCCCCGAACGAUCGCCAGGACGUCACUCUCAUGAUCCAGCUCCUUAAUUCAGUCUCUCACCUUCCUCCCCCGAACGAUCGUCUCUCUCCUCCGUCCCAAGCGUCUCGCCGCAUCCUCAAUCUUCUUGGAUCACUCUACCGCUACCUUCUCGAGUCAUACCUCGAUGUGACACUCUCCCUCGACGAACAACUCACCCGACUCUCUGCCGCAUCUCAUCUCGCCCUCGCUCUCUAUAAUCAAGACAAAGGGCGGUUCAUUCCUGUCCAGCUCUAUUUCGACCUCCAGUCUAUGAUUCGAACAGUCUAUAUUUGUGUCGCAAAAGCUCAGGUCGAUAAUCCGGACGGCCAAUUCUUUAUCAUCCUCCUUGGUACAGAUGGGCUCGAGCAGGUAUUUGGGAAGGUGCGGACGAUGGUCGGGAGCGAUUGUAAUGCAGAUAUGCUUCAGCUCGCCAACCGUAUCGAUGGCGCUGUUCAGUGCGUCAAGAUCCUCGAACUUCAUCCGGAGUGGGGUGGGCAGGCCCGGCGUCUCAAUCUGACCAGUUUGAAGGAGAUGGGCGAGGAGAUCACGGCUGCGCUGGACCACAUUAGUCCGCGUAGCUGGAAGGGAGAUGUGUCGUAUCGCGACCUUGUUUUGUUUACAUGUUGGUCGGAAGGAGAGCGAUUGGCGGCAGGUGUCUUGCGAGAGGCUGGGCUGGAAGUUCCUUUCGGAUGGAUGAAGGAGACUGGUGGAUAUGACAAUCUGUGCCCUUUCGGAGGUGGGAAGAUUGUUUUGAAGAACGGAUUGCUCUCGGAUGAGGAACAGCAGGAAGAGGAGGAGGGUGAGGAAGGAUCGACUGUGGCGCCGCCGUCAGACGGCGAGGUGGAAACUGGUGACGUCUCUAUCGACGAAGUCAACGCUGGUGGAAUAGAAUUGCCAGAUCUCGACGACCUCGCCGACGCUGAUGCUGCUAUCCAUCCCGAUACUGGGCGUCCUCGGUAUGAGCCUCGCGUUGUUGUCGAUCCCUCCAAUCCAAAAGGCCUCCAUAAAGCUUCCAUCUUACGACUCUACUCAAACCCGUUGGUCACGCCUAUCUCGAAGGACCGCCUGACCCGUGUCCGCGAUUCUCAGCAGUUCGAUCAGCCCGAUCUCUCACCUGCUGUCAGGGCUGCUCUCGCUGUACCAGAAGACAAGGUUCUCGCCGUCGAAGAUCCAGCGCUUACCUUGGUUCGGUGCGACAACCUUUUCUUUGUCGCGGUUGUCAGCGUUCUUCAAAUCCAGCACAACCACACUACCGUCUCCCUUCUUCCAUCUUCACUCGUCAAUCAACCCAAUGUUCGCGUCCGUGCUCGAAUCAUGACUCUUGUCUGCACCGACCGCUCUCAUCAGUCGGCACAUCCGGAUUGGCAGUGGAACGGUCGCUUCGAGUCUGGGAAUGAUCUGCGUGAUCUAGAAGGGACGCUUCUACUUCUCAUCGACCCAGACACCGAGCGCGGUGUCUAUCCUGGCUCCAAUGGGAACGAGACCUACAGUUUCAAGUCGUCUGAGCUGCGGGCCAUGGGUCAGCUUCUGUUCUCACGUACAAAGGAGGUCCGCCAUCGUAUCUGUAAUGUUAGGCUCUCUGAUACAUUCCCCUACCGCCUUCCCGAUGGUUCCGCUUGUUUCAUCUGCGAGGACGAAGACGUUGACCGAUACUCCCAACACCAUGGCGUCUGUUACCGUUGCGACAACAGAUAUACAGCUGGACUGUCUGGCCCUCGUAUAAUCGAACAUGAAGGCGCUCACAUCCUCUCCGACCCUCUCUUCAAGGGAUCCUCACAGGUCUGCGGCCUCUGUCUCGGUACAGGCUCGUCCUGUGUCAUCUUUCUCAGACAGUCGAAGAAAGGUACUUCUCAGGUCAACAUGACGACGUCCCGCUGCCCCAACCUCUACAAGAUUGUCAUGAAAAAAGCAGCCAAGUCAACCGUACGCUCGCCGUGCUCCAACGUGCCCUUGAAGUGUCCCCUUUGUAUUGCGCCAAAUUCUCCUGCUGUGUGGAAAUACAACCUCAAAUUCCACAUCGAGAACGACCAUCCCGGCGCAAACGCCGAAACUUAUCGUGAUCUGUAUGAGAUUAGCGAGAGCGAGGAGACGUUGAUGAAAGGGGUCUGGUUGAACAGGAAGGCUGUCCGGGUAUCGGCGAAGAUGAAGAGACUCGCCCAGCGUCCCCAGAUGAAGAUUUCGGACACUCAUAGCACCCGCCUCGCCCUCUUGGAGAAUGCGGAUGGCGAUGCCUUACGGACCGCCAAUCUUAACGAUAACGACGUUUACGCUCACAUCACCGCCCGUGAUUCUGUGCAUAACGCACAGUUGGAUGUUGACGUUGUGGAUGCAGAGGGGCAGGAGAGUGGCGACGAAGAGUUGGACCAUGAGGGUACUAGCUCCGAGUCGGAUAAUGAGACCACUGACGAUGAUUCUGAUCCUGGCGAGGCUACGAUAACAGAUGCGUACGUUGAUGAUCAGGGAAUUGUUGAGUGUAGUGACGACUUGGAGGAUGGAUUGGCGAGAAUUAUGGACGAUACCUCCCUUGCCUCCGAGCGUCCCCCAUCUCCGUCAGCUCCGCCUCACUCUCACUGUCAACUCGAAGGUCCCGAAGGCCAGUCCACAGAGACCAUGGCUUCAAUAGAUCCUGAAGUUGUGCAUGGCGAGCCUUCGUCAACUCAGAUGGCUUCCUCUCGCCCUGUGCGUCAGUCUGCUCGGAAGCGUUUGCGAAUCGAGUCGGACGAAGAAAAAGAAUGCUACGACCCGAAUUGCUCAACAUCCUUGAACGAAGGGCCCGUUGUUCGCUGUGAUGGACCAUCUUGCUCUUCCGUGUAUCACCUGAAAUGUGCCGGCCUCCUGCAAGUCCCGCAAGGGGGAUGGUUCUGUGAUACGGACUGUCAGGUUAAUGCCGGGUUCCGCGUUGGAAAGUCGAAGCGGAGGCGUCCUGCAUACGAGUAAUGUGAGCCAAAGCUGUAGCCGUAGCCGUAGCGUAGGCCAACGUCGAAUUUA